AUGGACGAAGCAGUAAGAUUGGCAGCGGAGAGAGCGGCGCAGCUCACGAUCACCCGGUCUAAGUCAGUCGCCCUUGGACAACCGCCAGGCCCCCCUCUAGGGACUCCAAGGCGAGGCAACAAUAGGAAGAACCUCGAGACGAUCGACGAGACAGGAGACGUCGACGGCACCCCGCUAGAUCCAAACCAAGAGGACGGUACCGGGGAAACCCUAGAGGACACCCACCUAGAUGGCACACAGCUGUUGAACGGCUCACUUCUAGAUUCCGAAUCAGACGACGGAAUUUCUUGGCAUCCACCAGUCGACAAGGGGCAGGAACGGGCCUCCACAAUCACAAGCCCUACACCAUCACAGUCGCCGUCUAGUCCGACAAGCCGGUAUAAACACCUAGAUCCUGUUCUGAGGGUGGCAGACUAUCACGAUCCGAUUAGCGUAGACCUCCAUAUCCAUAGGAGACGCAGUAACGGAGAAUCUGACUGUACCAAAUUUCGAUCAUCCCCCCAUCGUGCAACAGAUUGCCCAGCGGACCCGAACACAAGGGUGAUCCAGCUAUACAACGAGGGCAGAUACGCAGAAGGCGCCACCUUACUGAAAUACCUGAUGGAGACGACGUCCGAUAGAGCCUCGACUAGGACGAGCAGACCCCCAGUGGCAGGAGGCAGUGGACUCCGUCAAGCGGCACCGGUAGCCAGCGGCAGCGGCCUCCCACAUGCACGGCCCUACGCUCUGAUUGCAGAUCUACCGUCAAGCUCGGAUGAAGGCGACAUGGAGCCCUUGGCAAAACGGACCCACACCAAUCGACGGGAGGCCCCACAAGCUCGACAGGCGGCAAUCCUACGACCGGCCACCCAAGUCGUCGACCAGAGACCAACGUUGCCAAGGGUCCCCCCUACACCCGUCGUACCCAGGCAACUAGCCGGAGAUCCCUACCAUUCUCGGCCAUCGAACGCGAUCCCACACGUACUCGACGCGCCGUCACACCCCCUGUCAGACAAAGAAGAGGCGGAGCUCGUGAAAUCCCUGAUGACCUCAAAAAAAGGCCGCCUGGUGCUUCGAAACGGUGAUGUGGUGGAAAACGGCCGGUUGCUGGUAGCGGACACUACGGAGGAAAUGGACAAAACACUCACCCUCCUGUCACCAGUUCUAUCUCACUGGCUAAAGACCUUCAAGUCGUACAUCCCCUUGACGGUGUUCAACAAAUACUUCUUGGUUGAGGACCAAAUCGAAUGGGGGCGCAGGAAAGCCCCAACGGAGUCCCGUAUCGACGAUGGCUCGGCAUCUUUAAGAUUCGAGGAGUGGAUAGACAGCAUUGCUUUAUUUAUAAAGUACGUCGCAGAGGCAGGGUGGCCCACCCUGGCAAGUCGCUUUGAGGGUCACAGGUCGGUAGUUAUCGACCUGCGAGAGAACUACGGGUGGAUGAUUGCCCUGCGUUACUGUAGAAGAGUCCGGCAAGGAGUGAUGCGCGAAACGACCGACAAUCGCAUCAAAAACUUUAGCAAACUACAAUCGGCGAUUUUCGAGGAAGCUAGACUCACAGCAGACGCCAAUCAAGAGAGGGCAUACCGCACCAACCCUUACGCACCGGGAGGCCCCCUCACUCACAUCAACCCGCUAACCAACCAACCGCGUGCCUCGGCCACAUCCUCCUCAACCCUGACAAAGAAGACGCCGACCUUGGGUAUUACCGCUAGAAGCGCAAAAGCAGACUACCCAAGACCGACAGGAGAGACAUGGAUACCCUCCAGCGAGUGGAAAUUGAUGUCAGACUCAGAGAGGAAAGCUGCGACAAACCGACGUUACGGUGGAUCCGCCAAGAGACGUACAGGCGAGAGUUACGGGAGCCGUGAACGAGGAGACAGAGAUCGAGACUACGAUCGCGGUUAUGACCGUAAUUAUAGGGAGAGGGAAGACAGGUCGAAGUACCGUUGUCAGAGCCGCUCGAGAAGCCGUAGCCCGAGGGGCAGAAGAGGGAAAGGGAAGGGUCGCAUCGUGUAA